GGCAUAUUUUGUUGGUGUUUACUUCUUUGACAGAACAAAAUAUUCAAAAAAACACACAUCGGAAUUCUCAUCAGAAAAUUUUUAGAAAAUCGAAAACAUGAGUUUUAUCGGUGAAGUACUGAAUAUUGUCAACGAAAAUGAAUCGUUGAGCCUAAAAAAGAGCACGACAAAUCUGGUGGAAGAGAUAACUUCGCUACAAAAUAAGGUAAAGACCUACAUCGAAGACAAUUUCGAAAAUUUCCUGCCAAACGUAGCGAGCAACCGUCAAUAUUUGGAUGAGGCCGAACGAAUCAUUAAGGAAAUCGAUCAUUUAUAUCAAAAUCUGAGCAAUGAAUCAAAAGUCGUCGUGCUGGGUGCAUUGGACAAAACCGAAUUGGGCGAUUACAUCCAAAAUUUGGACGAAGCCAAAGCGGGACUGAGUACGUCGCAUAAAAUUCUCAAAAUUGACCAUCUCUUCCAAUGCAUCAACGUAGCCAAGGCCCAUAACGAAUACCAGAAAGUGAUGGGAUACGUUUUUGACAUCAGGGAACUGAUCAACGAUCCGAAGGAUGAGAUACUGCGACAAUUGGACUGCUUUGCGAACAUCAACAUUCAGUUCCAGAUCGAACAUCAGUCGUUGAUGUACAGCCUGAAACAGGAAUUCGAUCAAUUGGUGCAGUUGAAAGAGAAGUCAUUCGAGAAGACUAAAUGUGUUACGAUAAAGAUCAGUAAAGAUCAAGUAAAAUUUGCUGAAAUUGCGAUGGCAUUGAUCAACACCAAAUUCAACAGCCGAACAAUGUGCGAUUUCUUGUUGAACAACGUAUUCAAGCCGAUAAUCACCAAACCAGUUUCCAUGGAAUUCAACGACGCCGAUACGGCCUUUGUUCAACUACAACUGUCCUACAGCAGUAACGACCUGUCGGACGACCUGCGACCGAAUUACAAGAAUGUCUUCGAAAAUCUAAAGCUGAGCAUCGAAUGCCUGCGAUUCAUCAACAAUUCGUUCGACGAGAAAGUGUGCGUAUUCACAAUCAUUGCAAACAGUGUGAAGGAACAAUUCAUCGAUCUGCUGCGAAACUGUUGCCUCAGCUAUUCCAUACCGAAUACCAUCAACGAAAUGAAAGCAUCCACAAUGGUGGACGACAUCAAAGAGUUCAACGAGUUUCUGGUUGCCAACAAAUUUCUGCGCGACACCGACACCGAAUUAACGGAUUUCGCACAGAAGGUCGACGUUCUAUUCCAGAAUCGAUUCUGCCGGAAUAUACUUGACAGUGCGGUCGAAAUAAUGCAGAAGGAUCUUCACGAUAUGAUGAUCAUUUCGGAUAAUGAAAAUGCAGCACAAUUGACCGAUGGAGCAACAUCCAGCGUCUUCCCACGUUGUAUGAUCUCUAAGAGUACAUGGGAACUGGUUACUUUAAUGGAUAAAGUUUUGCAUCAAUCCCGAACAGCUAGUGAAGAUAUCGUCGAAAGACUGCUUCUGACAAUACCUUCGAUUUUAGAUCGAUAUCUGACGGAGGUGCCGACUCAUCAUGCCAAAUUGUUGGUCAAUAUUCCGCAACAAGCAGCUCUCUUUCACAAUAACUGCAAUUACCUGGCCUACUGGGCCACGAAGAACGCCAACAAAAUUGAAUUGUCCGGGAAUAUCGUUCGAUCGCUCCAGAAAUUGGGUACCGAUCAUUUCGUUCGACAGAUAAACAACCAGAAGGAACAAAUCAUGGAACUUCUCCGAGAAUUCAAUCCGUUAACCAUCGAGAACGAUGUUAUGCCGCAGAAGAUUAUCCGCCAGUGUCUUAGACAAUUUGAUUUGCUGAAAAACGUUUGGCAAACAAUUUUACCCGACGAAGUGUACACCUCAUCUCUGGCCAACUUGCUGAACGAAUUUUGUAUCGAGAUCAUCCGGCGAAUAUGUGCAAUUGAAGACAUACCAUCAUCCGUUUCGAAUGGUUUGGUCGACAUAUUGGACAUAAUCAUUGAUCGAGCGCCGACAAUUUUUCAGGACAAUCAGCACAUUAUGAUUGCGGUGCCGAAAUGGGUAAAAUUAACCCAACUGAAGAUGAUAUUGAAUGCAUCACUGGUACAAAUCACCGAACAAUGGUCAGAAGGGAAGGGACCGUUAACAUUGAACUACAAAGCGGAGGAGGUGAAAAGCUUGAUUAGAGCACUCUUCCAAAAUACAGACCGACGUGCCAAUGCCCUAUUUUUAAUUAAAUAAGCUUUUGUUGGCGGAUUUAGAGCAAUAAAUAUUUUCAGUGAA